UCUACAUCAUCAUGUCUCGCGGUGAUACGGAAACGAUCUGUAUUUGAUCAGGUAAAGAAUCGGUAAAUUUGGUCGAUUCCGGUACCGACAAAAAUCUAAAAACGAAAGCUCGAGCUUCUCGGUUUGGAACGUCCCGGGAUGCCCGCUGAAACCGCUGCGCCGUUAAUGCCAUUCAUUCAUCUGCUGCGAGCCACCGAGGACGAACGCUGACGUAACAGAUAUUACAAUGCAACAAGGAUACAUUUUCUGUUGCUUUCUGAGCGGCGGGAUACUACCGGCACCAGGGGGCAGGAAAACAAUGAUGCACUUCAGCAACGGCGUCGACCUCUGUGAUAAAUCAGGACGAUAACCAACUCGAUGCAACAUCACUGGAUGAUGGACUUCUGGAUGUAAUUGAAUGUCCAGCGGAACUGGCUAGCUUCGGCUUGUGGAAGAUCUUCAUCUUGCAUUUUGUUGCAGUCGAGUUGCCGCUGCCCCGUUUCUCUCCCUCCUAUCCGACGUUGUUGUCAAUGAUCUAACAUGGCGACUGUACCAGUAUAUUGCAUCUGCAGAUUACCGUACGACGUUACCCAGUUUAUGAUCGAAUGUGACGCCUGCAAGGACUGGUUUCACGGAAGCUGUGUUGGUGUGGAUGAAGACGAGGCUCCAGACAUCGACAUCUACCACUGUCCCAACUGUGAGAAAACCGACGGAAAAUCCACCAUGAAAAACAAGAAACGGAAUAAACAGGACACGGGACAGAGUGGAGACAUCCGGGCAGUUCAGAACGGCAGUCAGGUGUUCAUCAAGGAGCUCCGCAGCCGCACCUUCCCCAGCUCUGAGGACGUUGUGGUGAAGCUGAACGGCAGUCAGCUGACGAUGGACUACCUGGAGGAGGUUGGUUUUAACGAGCCCAUCCUGGUUCUGAAGAAGGACGGUCUGGGGAUGUCCAUGCCCGCUCCUACCUUCUACAUCAAUGAUGUGGAGAACCAUGUUGGUCCAGACGUGGGUGUGGAUGUGAUAGAUGUGACCAAGCAGACUGACAGUAAGAUGAAGCUGAAGGAGUUUGUAGAUUACUACUACAGCACCAGCAGGAAGAAAGUGUUAAACAUUAUCAACCUCGAGUUCUCUGACAAGAGGAUGGACAGUAUAGUGGAGAGCCCCCAGAUUGUGCGGAGGCUGUCGUGGGUAGAGAACUACUGGCCAGACGAUGCUCUCCUGGGGAAACCUAAAGUCACUAAGUACUGUCUGAUCGGUGUUAAAGACAGCUACACCGACUUCCACAUCGAGUGUGGAGGGGCCUCCGUCUGGUACCACGUACUCAAGGGAGAGAAGAUCUUCUUCCUGAUCAAGCCCACGUCAGCCAACCUAUCGUUGUACGAGCGCUGGAGGUCCUCAGCCAAUCACACAGAGAUGUUCUUCGCCGACCAGGUGGACAAGUGUUACAAGUGCACUCUGAAGCAGGGACAGACCCUAUUCAUACCGUCAGGUUGGAUCAAUGCAGCUCUGACUCCAGUGGACACUCUGGCCUUUUCUGGACACUUUGUCCACAACCUGAGUGUUGAGAUGCAGAUGAGAGCGUACGAGGUGGAGAAACGUCUGAAGGUCAACUGUCUGACUCCGUUCCCCAACUUUGAGACGGCCUGCUGGUACGUGGGACGCCACCUGCUGGAGAGGUUCAAAGGUUUACACAAGUCCAACAAGCAACCAGCUGCCUACCUGGUCCACGGAGCUAAGAUCAUCAACGGAGCUUUUAGAGCUUGGACCAAGAAACAGGCUCUGUUAGAACACGAGGAUGAGCUUCCAGAGAACAUGAAGCCCACUCAGCUCAUCAAGGACCUAGCCAAGGAGAUCAGGAUCUCAGAGAAUGUGGCUAAAGCCAUGAAGAGUGAUUUGAGCAGCAAGGCUCCAGUGGAGGAACCUCCUGCUGCCCCGUCAGAGCCUGAGGACCCUGCUUCCCCCUCCAGCGUCCCCUCUCCCUCCCCUCCCCUCCGGGAAAAAACAGCCAGGAAGAAGGCCUCCAAGCCUCCCAAGCCGCCCAAGAUGCCCAAGGCCCCCAAACCUCCCAAGGUCCCCAAAGUGAAGGAGGGAGGGAACAAGAAAGGAAAGAAAGAGAAGGAGGUCCCUCCUCCUCCUCCUCCUCCUCCUCCUCCGCCGAAGCCCUCCAGCCUGGCAGCUCUGGAGUCUCACGCCAAGGACAUCCUCAGCAAGAUGGACCAGCCCAAGAAGGGCAAGCUGGGGGGCAAGGCGGCUAACAACAUCCUGAGCAUGUCGGAGACCUGUAAGCAGAAUGAUUUGGAGAAGAUUGAGAUCCGAGAACAGACCAAGAAACAAGCGGAAGCCAAGUGGAAAUAUAAGAACAGUAAACCAGAUUCCUUAUUGAAGAUGGAAACUGAAGUGCACAGGUUUGAGAGAACGCCACUGUCGGGCAACAAAGAGAAGUUUGCCUUUUCGAUGACACACAAGAAGUUACUCGGUUCUAAGCUGAAGCCCCAGUCCAGUGUGUUCAGCUCGUUACAUAACCUAAAGGAGGACAAGGCCAAGCCGGUGAGAGACGAAUACGAGUACGUGUCAGACGAAGGAGAGUUGAAGAUUGAUGAGUUCCCCAUCAGGAGGAAAAAGAGAGACUUAUCCUUCCUGUCAAACAUCAAAGAAGCAAUCCAGCCAUCCAAGAAGCCAAAGCUCCUCCCCUCUGAUGUCAAGAAGACUGACUCAUCCGAUGAAGAGUCGCUCCACAUCGACACAGAAGUCAAGCCGGAGUUCAAGCGGGAGGUGAAAGGUCGUAACUUGAAGGUAAAGAAGAAGGCGGGAAGCACGGCGGGCAUCCUGGACCUGCUACAGGCCAGCAAAGCAGUGGGCGGCAUCGACUACAGCGUCAACAGUCAGCCACCUGCAUCUCCCAGCACACAGGAGGCCAUUCAGGGGAUGUUGUCUAUGGCAAACCUGUCCUCCGGGGCUACCGCUGGGGCCGCAGCCAUCUCCUCCGACACCCCUGGGGCCUGGGGCUGCGACCGGCCCGGCAGAAACCACUCCAACACCACCACCGCUGGACGGAAGGGAGGAGCAGCAAGCGGAGCGGGAGGAGGAGUAAGUAAGCGGCCGGCCAAACGACUCCCCAAGAAGACGAAGAAGAGCAGCAGCAUCGACAGUGCCGAGUUCGAUGAUGAUCAGGAUCACAUGGACGCCUGCUUCAAGGACUCCGAUUAUGUUUACCCCUCUCUGGAAUCCGAAGAGGAUAACCCUGUCUUCAAAUCCAGAUCCAAGAAGAGGAAAGGCUCAGAUACUCCAUACAGCCCCACAGCACGUGUCGGUCCCUCUGUGCUUCGUCAGGCGAGGCCGGCCAGAGAAGGAGCAAGAGUGGCGUCCAUAGAGACAGGACUGGCGGCUGCUGCAGCCAAACUCUCUCACCAGGAGGAACAGCAGAAGAACAAGAAGAAGAAGAAAAACACAAAAAAGAAGCCCCCUGCUACCGUGAUGGAGGAGGAAGAGGAGGAGCCAGUGAGGAAGCUGAGCAGGUACAGCAGCUCUACAGAACCAGACGUGGGCCAGGACACUGAGCCGGGCCAGACCAACCACCAGUACUCCUCUGGGGCAGGAGGGAGUCAGGCUGGGGGGCUCCAGCCCAUGGCCCCCGGAGUCUUCCUCACACAGAGACGACCCUCCACAUCUUCAUUGUCUCAGAACAACAACACAGCCAAGGGGGAGCGAGGAGCAGCAGGAGGAGGAGCAGGAGGAGGAGGAGGCGCAGCAGCAGGAGGAGGAGGCGCAGGAGGAGCAGCAUCAGGAGGAGAAGGAGGAGGCGCAGCAGCAGGAGGAGGAGGAGGUGCAGGAGGAGAAGGAGCAGCAGCAGGAGGAGGAGGAGGCGCAGCAGGUGCAGGAGGAGGCGCAGGAGGAGGAGGAGGAGCAGCAUCAGGAGGAGAAGGAGCAGCAGCAUCAGGAGGAGCAGCAGCAAAGGGUGAAGCGAAGCGGCUCAAGAAAGGCAUGGCGACAGCCAAACAGAGACUGGGAAAGAUCCUCAAGAUACAACGCAACGGGAAGCUCCUCCUUUAACAGGAAGUGACUCACUGAGAACUGCCAUUGGUUCCUGAUGCAGUACUAUUGGCCAAUGAACUGGCCGCUUCUCCACCUCCUCUCUUCUGAUAGGUCCAGGGCCAACAGAGACAGACUGCUUUAUAACUUUCAGAUACUAAAGUGUACAGAAUACCUGUUACAAAUAUUUUUUAAGAAAAAUGUGUGUCAUUUUACUCCAGUCAGUUUAUCAGGGGGUCACUACACUAGAGAUACACUAGGGCUGCUGUUCAAAUGGCACACUAUUCCCUUUAUAAUGUACUGGUCACCCAUAGGGCUCUGGUCAAAAGUAGUGCACUAUAUAGGGAAUAGGGUUCCAUAGGGCUCUGGUCAAAAGUAGUGCACUAUAUUGGGAAUAGGGUUCCAUAGGGCUCUGGUCAAAAGUAGUGCACUAUAUUGGGAAUAGGGUUCCAUAGGGCUCUGGUCAAAAGUAGUGCACUAUAUUGGGAAUAGGGUGCCAUUUGGGAACACAGCCUAGAAAUACAUUGCAGUCAUCCAUUCUAGGGUGGGAUAUAGGUUGAAUUACAGUUUAUUCAUAGGGAAUUCAUUACUGCUAUUUGGAUGUGGCUUAUCAUUACCUUGCAAUGUUGUUCAUGAUUUUAGGAAAUAAAUGUUUUCCUCUGUCCUCCUCAGACCAGA